CUUCUCUAUUUCUCUCACUAUACCCAGACAGCAUAUGACUCCGCGCCGGAUCGGUUUUCAAACCUGCAAAUCUUUACAGUCUCGUCCGUUUCAGUGCUGUAACACGCAUCCAGCCCGGGCGCGGUUUCAGGGGGCGGGAACUGCGGUCUCAGAGCGGAUCCAGACGGGUGUUCUUGGAUCCAGGCCGCGUCCGUGGAAGCGAGCGCGCGUUUUUUUUCUGGAGUUCAGAACAGAAGACGACAAGACGGUCGAGGCAGAUACAUCCUCAAAAACCUCACCAAGUGCAGUAUCUGCAAACAACUCCAGAGGGAAGUCAUGUGUUGUCUGUAGUGCAUCUAUGCAUUGAGCAAGAUGUCCAACAUAUACACUCUGAGAGAAAUGUUUGGUGGCCAGUGGUCAUCUAGCAAACGACUCGAUGGCAAAACAGUCAUUAUAACUGGAGCAAAUACUGGCAUUGGAAAAGAAACCGCAAGAGACCUGGCAGGACGCGGGGCCAGGAUAAUAAUGGCUUGCAGAGACCUUGACAAAGCAGAAGGAGCACAGAAAGAGAUCAUGGAGGACUCAGGGAACCAAAACAUAGUGAUCAGGAAACUAGAUUUAUCUGACACUAAGUCAAUUAGAGAAUUUGCUGAGGCAAUCAACAACGAGGAAAGAGCUGUUCACGUACUCAUUAACAAUGCUGGGAUCAUGAUGUGUCCCUACUCUAAGACAGCGGAUGGUUUUGAGAUGCAGUUUGGUGUCAACCACUUAGGUCACUUCCUGUUAACCUUCCUGCUGAUUGAUCUGCUGAAGAGGUCUGCCCCGUCAAGAAUCAUCAUCCUUUCCUCCAUGGCACAUGGUUGGGGCACAAUAGCUCUUGAUGAUAUCAAUAGUGAGAGGAAUUACCACAGUAGGAGGGCAUAUGGUCAGAGUAAAUUGGCCAAUAUCCUUUUCACUCGUUCCUUGGCCAAAAAACUCAAGGACACAGGUGUUACAGCUUAUGCAGUCCAUCCAGGAAUUGUGCGAACAAAACUUAAAAGACAUAUGAAUCUCGGACUUCUGAUCAUGUGGAAGAUUGUCAGACCUUUCACAAAGACCCCAGUGCAGGGAGCACAAACUACCAUCUUCUGCGCAGUGGAACCAGAGUUAGACAAAGAGAGUGGUGGUUACUACAGCAACUGCAGACCUUCGAGAUGCACCAGAGCUGCUAGAGAUGAUGAAAUGGCUGAGAAACUUUGGGAGCUCAGCUGCAAAAUGCUGGGAAUAGUCUGGAACUAAAUGCAGUGUUUUCCGUACACAAUUCAGUA